AGUGAAUAAGCAAAUAGGGAAGCGUGCCAGUGCUCUCAAAAUCACAAUCUUUCCAUACGUAUCGAUCACGUCAUCUCCUUUGUCUUCUACCCAACUAAGACGAAAACAAACCUUCUCCUUCUUAAAUCCACACUUCAGCGUCCUCUCCGAAUCUCGCUCCACCGGAAAAAAUGGCGACGAAUCCGCUCAAAUCCGACGCAAUCAUGGACAUGAUGAAGGAACAUCUCUCCACCGACGCAGGCAAAGAGCUCACGAAGAAAAUCGGUCUCGUAUAUCAGAUCAACGUCGCUCCAAAGAAAUUAGGGUUCGAAGAGGUUACUUACAUCGUCGAUCUUAAGAAAGGCGAAGUCACCAAAGGAAAAUAUGAAGGAGGGAAAGUGGAUGCAACCUUUUCCUUCAAAGAUGAUGACUUUGUCAAAGUUGCUACUGGGAAGAUGAAUCCUCAGAUUGCUUUCAUUAGGGGUGCGAUGAAGAUUAAGGGUAGUCUCAGUGCUGCGCAGAAAUUCACCCCGGACAUUUUCCCAAAGCCGUCGAAGUUGUGAACAACAAAAAGAAUGGUAUUGCUAACCCUUGGACUCAGGCUCAAUUUAUGUCUUUCCAAAGGGUUGGCUCUCGGUGAAGUCGCUAGAAAAACUCAGAAAUAAAGUUCUCUUCAAGUAUCUUUGUAUUAAUCUGCUUCACUUUUAUACUUUUGGAACAGAAAUUGGUAUUGGUUUUAAUAAAAUGAAUUUUUCUC